GGGUUCAUGGUGGAUGAUCGUGUGGUGGCUUGCUUGAUAGUGACAUACGGGAAAUGCAAUUGGAUUGAUGAAUCAAAAAGGAUAUUUUAUGAUAUUAACAAGAUAAAUUUGGUACUUCUUAAUGCAAUGGCAAGUAGUUUUGUCCGUUCCGGUUGUCAUGCUGAUGCUAUCAAUUUGUUCCAUAUCUCGAGGGGCUUGAAACUUGAAGUGGACAGUUCAACUUUCAGUACUGUCCUUAAAGCUUGUGGUGCUAUAACUGAGUUGGAACAGGGAAGAGUGAUUCACUCCCUGGCUCUUAAAACUGGAUUUGAUCAAGGGAGCUUUGUUGAAAGCGCUAUUAUUGAUGUUUAUUGUAAGUGUGGAAGCAUAGGUGACGCAGAGAAGGUGUUUAGACAUGCUUCCACAAACAAUUUGGCUUCUUGGAAUGCGAUGGUGAUGGGAUAUGCUCAACACGGUUUUCAUGAUGAAGUUUCGGAACUAUUCAACAAGAUGUCUAAGUUUGGAGUAAAACCAGAUCAUAUAACUUACCUGGGAGUUCUUACUUCAUGUUGCCACGCAGGUCUUUUCAAAGAAGCUUUUAGUUACUUAAACUCAAUGUUUGAGCGUGAUGAGCUAAUGCCAUAUAUAGAACACUAUGCCUGCAUGGUCGACCUACUUAGUCGACUUGGACUCCUAGAAGAAGCAAAGAGGACCAUUGAUCAAAUGCCCAUUUGCCCUGAUGCUCAUAUAUGGCAGAUUCUUCUAUCGGCCUGUAACAUCCAUAAAAACAUGGACAUGGGGAGAGUCGCAGCACAGAAGCUUCUUGAGUUGGAGCCUGACAAUGAAUCUGCUUAUAUUUUGCUUUCAAAUCUCUAUGCCUCAGCUGGUAUGUGGAGUGCUGUUGGAAAAGUGAGAAAGGAAAUGAAGGAAAAAAUAGUGUACAAAGAGCCUGGUUCUAGUUGGCUUCAAGUUGGAGGACUGCUUCAUUACUUUUUAGCUGACGACAAAUCACAUCGUGAUAGUAGAGAAAUACAUACGGAGCUAAUAAGGUUGUAUCGGCAAAUGUCAGUGACCUCAAAAUUGGAAAAUGACGGUCCAAGUUUAAUGAUCUAUGACUUAUAAAAACACAUCAUGAGAGUAAAAACAUAAGUAUUGAGCCAUUCACAUUGCUUGCUUGGCUACCCCUUCCGGCAUCCUCUGGAUUGACAAGUGAAGUACUUGCCAUCUGAUCAGGAGCUCUGGUGGACCUUGAGGGUGGUCCCUGGUUUUCUUUAGUGGAUAUGCUGAAGGGACUAGGGGAAGACAGACUUUAAAACAGUGGAGACCUUCUUGGAAAUGUCAAACGGCC